CCUUGCGGACCUGAGUCGGGAGAGAGAAAAACUCUGUAACUCACUCAGUCUCCAAGUUUGAGAGGAAGUUACCACCUCUUCCCCAGACUCUGAACACGCACUCCAGGCGGAGGCACACACACUUACUACACACACGUUAUUCGGGACAGCAGCGAGCGUGGAACGGUCAGGACUUGUUGUAAAUGUGUUUGCGGGGGAAAAGAAGAGUUGCUGUUCGUCUGAAGGUCUCAGAGUGGACUGAACCACUUCAUCUGGGACGUUUUUCCUCUCAUCACCUACCGGGUGGCCAAAUGAACCGUUUAGCCUGAAGACCAAAGAUCAUAGGCCUUGAUCCAACAGCCAGGGAGAGACCGAGAGGAUCGAGACCACUGCAGCCUCCUAUACAUUAUGAGUCGCGACUGAAGAAUUCCUUUAGGGUUUCGUUUUGUGGUAUGAAAAAGUGAAGACCAAAACACCAUGGAUGUCAAGAAAAAAGAAAUGGACCUCCUAAGCAACAGCAUUGCAGCUUUGGCACACAUUAAAGCCAACCCAGAAAGCUUUGGGCUGUACUUCGUCCUCGGCGUUUGUUUCGGCCUGGUUUUGACCCUCUGCCUCCUGGUGAUCCGCAUCUCCUGUAAGCCACGGACCAACGUUGCUCCUUCCACACCUGAAAAGAACCCCUUAAAGGACGCCAGUGUGGAAGAUGAUGAAAGUGAUGACGAGGAGGAGGAUGAAGGGGACGACGUGGAGGCAUCUGUCGCAUUGCCCAUCACAGAGAUCCCAGUUGGGAAUCAUACCAGCCAGUCAGACGGCACUCUGAGCGUGAACGUUUUUACUUCCGCCGAGGAGCUGGAACGUGCGCAGAGGCUGGAGGAGAGAGAACGAAUCAUCCGGGAGAUCUGGAGGAAUGGCCAGCCUGAUAUCCUGGGGACUGGGACGGGGACUAUUGGAAGAGUGCACUACUACUAACGUACGCAAAUCUUCAAGGAAACAUGCUUAAUGGACGUAGACACACAAACAUUUGGGCCUGGUGUCCUUUGAGUCUGAGAGCUUCUGCUUGAUGCAAAGUGACUUGUGGACCAUAAAAAAAAAUUAAAAAUACGGUGCUAAAUUUGACAUAUUUUGCUGAACUUUGAGAUAUUGCACUUCUUCUGUAGCAUUAUACGUUACUGUCAACUGAAUACAUGGGACUGAACUAAGAGAUGUCUUGACAACCUCUGUGGAAAUCAAGUGGAAUAAAUAGUGGUGCUGAAGGACUCUUGGAUAAGUCAACCUUUAAAUAUACAAGGAAGAUGUAUAGAUAUUGAGCAUUGAAUGUUUUUUCUCAGUUAAUACAUUCCUAAAGGGAGUACUGACAUGAACUUCACACCAGAUUUCCACUUCUCUAAACAGGUUUUUUGUACAUUGACAUUCAAAGCUUUCAGUUUUUUGUCUCAUCUGACCAGACCAUAUUCUCUCAAACUUUCUCCGACUUGUCCAAAUGUUCCGCAGAAAACGUUGAAUGAGUUUCAACAUGCUGCUUUUCAGUAGCAAAGUCUAGCGCAGUAAGUUUGCAUUGAUGUCAAAAACGGUUGGGUGGAGUUCUUGUCGGAGUUAAUGGGAAAUUCGUACUUUCAUUUUAGGUGUUUCUGAAGCUUGCUGUUAGUGGUCUUUGGCUCCUGGACUACUCUUCUGAUUGUUUUAAUGACACACAUCAGACUGUUACGGACCAUGUAGCCAUGUAUGGUUUGUGAUAAAAUUAUGUUCUUUCUACUUUGAGAUGUUGGUCCCAAAUGUGCAUCCUGGAACAUACAGAAGUGUACAAAUAUGUCUGUAACCAAUACCAUCAGUAUAUUUCACAAGUAUAAGGUUGCAAAGGUCUUGAGAAAGCUCUUUGCUUUUAGCCAUCAUGACAUGUUUCCUGAAACCUUUUCAUCAAUCUUCACUAUUCGCUGUCACGGUAAGAAAGCAGAGUUGGUUUUUAAAUGCUUAACAGAUUUCAACCGGGUCGCUGAGGACUUUUUUCAGCUCCUUUUCCUCUUCUUCAAUAUUCAUUCCCUGUUUUAUUACAUGUUAUACACAUUGCUUAAAUUGUGGGGUUGCUUGUCUUGAUUUCCUUGUAUGGAUUAUUUGUGUGGCUACCAACAUCUGGUGUGAAUUCCAUGCUGGGCCAUUGGGACCAUUGGAAAACAAUUUUCUGAGGAAAAUGUUGAUGGGUUCAAUACUUACUUCCCCACUGUAUUUGGUGCUUGAUGUUAAAACUAAACAGCAACUAAACAAUGAAACAUUAAAAAUCUAAAAGGUU